AAGCCCUCUUUUCAGGCUUCACUCCAGUCGGAGCAGUUCACUUCUCCAUAGCCUUGAAAUAUUUCACAGUAUUACAGCUGUUAGACAGGGCAAGCAUGAUUCUUCUUACUGUGCUUUUCCCGUGCAUCAUUUCCACCUACUCAGCAUCUGUGAAAGGCCACAAUACUGGUCCACGAAUAAACAAUGACAAGUUAUAUAAGUUCGCCUACUCCACAGAUGUGCUUCUGGACAGGGUGAAAGGCUCAUCCCUGGAGAGUGCGGGCUACCGAAUUUCAUGUGGCGUGGAUGUCAACUUAGUAUGGAGAAAUCCUGAUAAUGAUGACGAUCAGCUGAUUAAAAUUGCGAUUACAGAUGCAAAACUUGAAAACGUGCAUGAGCGUCCAAAAAAGAAAAACAUUUUUGAAGGAAAAAAUACAGCUGCAGUAAUUGGAAAAGAGCACCUGGCAGCUUUAAAAAGGCCUGUAGUUCUGCAGUGGACUCGUGGAAAGGUUAAGAACUUCUACUCCUACGAAAAUGAACCUGCUGUUAUUCAGAAUCUCAAGAGAGGCCUGGCUAGCUUGUUUCAGAUACAGAUGAGCUCUGGGACUGUCAAUGAGGUGGAUAUUUCCGGCAAAUGCGAUGUUACUUACCGGGCUCAGGAAAAUGAAAUCACUAAAAUUAAAGCCUUGAAAUCUUGUAAAUUAGAACGGACAGGAUUUACCAGCCACAGUCAGCUCUUUGACAUCAGCCAAAGAUCAGUUUCUGCCACAACGUAUGUGCUGGAGGACACUUUUAUUAAAUCAGUGCGAGCAGAAGAAAAUCACAUUUUGAACGUGAAUAUUCAGCGAGCAAUUGAUGUGAAAGUAGUUUCGAAGCAGAAACUGGAACUGAAGUCAACGGAAGCUGGCCCAAGAGUGAUGGCUGGGAAGCAAGUUGCUAAGAUUAUCAAGGCUCUGGAUUCAAAUUACGUUGCAAUUUCACUUGCAGCAGAGCCUGUCUCGGAUGAAUGUAAAAGUUGCCCCACACUCACUCAGCAGUGGAAGACUAUCCGGCCACAGAUGGAACCUGAAAACCUUUCCAAAGCCGAUGCUGUGAAAGGAUUUUUGUCAUUCAUUCAGAACUUGAGGAAAGCUACGACAGAAGAGAUUCUUCAGAUUCUGAGAAGUGAAAGCAACGUGGAAGUCCUUCCCCAGUUGGUUGAUGCUGUAGCCUCUGCACAGACCUCAUCCUCUCUGAAAGCUAUGCUGGAUUUCCUGGAUUUCAAGAACAAGAGUGGAUCUGUCCUUCAGGAGAGGUUCCUCUAUGCCUGUGGAUUUGCUUCUCAUCCCAACGAGUUACUACUCAGAUCUCUAAUUAAUACAUAUAACAGCCAGAUCGGCAGCAGCGAAAUCCGAGAAACAGUUGUCAUCAUUAUUGGGGCCCUCAUCAAAAAGCUGUGUGACAAGGGAGGCUGCAAACUGCCUGCUGUUAUGGAAGCCAAGAAGCUGAUCUCUGGAGGUUUGAACAGGGCAAAGACGGCUGAUGAAGUGAAGGUCUACCUUCUGGCAUUGAAGAAUGCUGUUUUGCCUGAAGCUAUUCCAGACCUUCUGAAAUACGCUGAGUCGGGAGAAGGCCCCAUCAGCAAUGUUGCUGUUUCUGCUCUGCAGAGAUAUCACCACUCUUUCAUUACCAGUGAGGUGAAGAAAACCAUGAACAGGAUUUAUCACCAGAACCAUAAAGUUCACGAGAAGACGGUACGCACCACAGCAGCUUCCAUCAUCUUCAGCAACAAUCCUUCCUUCAUGGAAGUAAAAAACCUCCUGCUCUCUAUUGGAGAGCUGCCUCUGGAAAUGAAUAAGUACAUGCUUUCGCUAAUCCAGGACAUUCUACGUUUUGAAAUGCCUUCCAGCAAAAUGAUCCGCAAAGCUCUGAAGGAUAUCUCCAUUCAUAACUACGACCGAUUUGCGAAAACAGGUUCUUCCUCAGCUUUCUCGGGUUACCUAACACGUUCUCCAGAUGUGUCAUCCACCUAUAGCCUUGACAUACUCUACUCUGGCUCUGGAAUCUUAAGAAGAAGUAACCUGAAUAUCUUUCUUUUCAAUAAAUACGCUCAACUUCAUGCCAACCAGGUGGUGAUUGAGGCUCAGGGCCUAGAAUCCAUUAUAGCUGCAUCUGCUGAUGAAGGUGAAGAAAAUCUAGAGUCCUUCGCUGGUGUGUCAGCGCUCAUGUUUGAUGUUCAGCUUAGACCCGUUACCUUUUUCCAAGGGUAUGGCGAUCUCAUGUCUAAAAUGUUCUCAGCCACUGGAGACCCCAUAAGUGUGGUGAAAGGACUCAUCCUUCUGAUGGAUUACUCACAGGUAAUUCAGCUACAGUCUGGGCUGGUUUGCAGCACGGAAUUCCAGGGAGGCCUGGCCAUUGAUAUUUCUGGAGGAAUGGAAUUCAGCCUUUGGUACAGAGAAUCCAAAACCAAUGUUAAAAACCGGGGAGCUGUGGUGAUAGUCGGCAACAUUGUUGUGGAUGCACUCUUUGUCAAGGCUGGCAUGGAAAGCAGUGUUGAAGCCGAAACAACUCUGGACUUUGUCUCUACAGUGCAGUUUUCACAAUAUCCAUUUUUAGUUUGCUUGCAGAUGGACAAAAUUGAAAGUCCUUCCAGGAGAUACUUAAUUAAAUAUGAAAGUCUACCAUCAGGAGAAUCUUAUACCUCCCGGAAAGGAAAAGUGAGGCUGCUGGCUGGUUCCGAAUAUCCCCUUCACCAAGAGAACUCCAACAUGUGCAAGAAAGUUUUCAGUGAUCAGCCCGACUCCUCGGAAAGCUGGUUUUGAAACAGGCGCCUGAUCUUUCAUUUGACCCCAACCGUGGCUGAUGUUGGCUUUUACACGUACUGUCGUGCUGGCUUAGGGCCUGAAUCUGUGAUACUUGAGCCCAUGAAAACUUUACUGUCAACUUCAAGAGGCCCAGAAUCUUGAGUGCGUGUUCACUGUGUUUACAUAUUUACAUAUAUUUAAAGAAACCCUUUUUUAUGUGACAAGUUAAGGAAAUCAUACAAAUUGAUGCAAUUCUAGGCAUUCAUUGAGGGUCCAGUUAGAUGUGUUGUGUGGCCAUGUGCAGAUCUUCCUGAGUCCCUUUGUUUGGUUUUAAAAACACCUGGGGGCAGGCACUUUGGAUUGGGGCCACAGUGAAGGAACAGAGAGGGCUUA